AUGUCUCCUCACUCUGCUUCAACCACCACCAACGAUCUCGUCAACGAAUAUGCCGACGUAAUCAAGGGCAAAACAAUCCUCACAACUGGCGUCACGCCCAAUAGUCUCGGCGCAACCUUCAUCCUAGAAACCACCUCCAAAUCCCCAUCUCUUCUCAUCCUCGCAGGCCGCAACGCCUCCAAACUCCAAGAAAUGUCUGAAGCCAUCACUAAAGCCAACCCUUCCGUCAAAACCCGCUCUCUUGUAGUAGAUCUCGGCUCUUUAGCUUCGGUGCGAAAGGCUGCUGAGGAGGUCAACAGUUGGAAUGAUGUGCCUAGCAUUGAUGUCGUUGUUAACAAUGCUGGAGUCAUGGCUAUUCCGUAUACCAAGAGUGUGGACGGCUAUGAGAUGCAGUUUGCUAUUUGUCAUCUUGGACAUUUUCUUUUGACGAACUUGAUCAUGGAUAAGAUUCUUGCUUCGGAGUCACCUCGUGUUGUCAACAUCUCGAGCAAUGGCCACAGUCUUGGUCCUAUUCGCUUCGCUGAUCCUCACUUCAGUGACGGCGAGCUUUACGACCAAUGGAGUGCCUACGGUCAAUCCAAGACUGCAAACAUGCUAUUCUCUGUAUCUCUGGCCCAAAAACUUGGAAGCCGUGGUCUUCAAUCUUACAGUGUUCACCCCGGCCUCAUCCUGUCAACUGGUCUUGGCACACAUCUGGACUUUGCCAGCAUGGACGCUGAUCUCGGCACUUUCAUCAAAUCUCAUCGCGCACGUGGUAACUCUGAAGGGUGGACAGCCAUCCCCCCUGUUCCCGUAGAAGUCGGCGCUGCGACCCAUGCAUUUGCUGCUUUUGACCCCAACAUCAAAGCAAGCAACGGCGCUUAUCUCUUGGAGGCGAGGGUUGCUGAUCCUUUUGUUGAUACUGUCAAGGCUUGGGCGCGAGAUGCUGUUGAGGCUGAGAAGUUGUGGAGGCUGAGUGAGGAGCUUGUUGGGCAGAAGUUUGGAUAUUAA